AUGUCUUACACAGGCGGCUGCCAGUGCGGCAAGGUCAAGUACACCUUCACCAGCGAGCCAAUCCAUACCGCCCUCUGCUACUGCACCAACUGCCAGCGUCAAACAGGCUCGACCAACACGGCCUCGCUCACCGUCGCGCAGCAGUCGUUCACCUCGACGGGCGCCGCGCCGAAGGUCUACUCGCGCAAGAGCGACGCGGGCGCCGACGUGCACAACCACUUCUGCGGCGACUGCGGCACCACGUGCUGGCUGACCGGCACCCUCGCCGACUCGGUCGGCAUGCUCAACGUUCGCAUCGGCACGCUGGACGAUCUGACCCUCAAUCAGAAGUGGGCGCCGAAGAUGGAGGUGUACUGUCGCGAGAAGUACGCGUGGUUGCCUAAGCUUGAGGGGACGAAGGCUUUUGAUGCGAUGGUGACGGCGGAGGCGAUUGAGCCGUUUAAGAAGGGGGCGCAGUGA